GUUGACAGGGAGAGAGUUACCGAGAAAGCGCGAGACACAGAACACCAGCUGCGCGCGCUCUUGGUGUUAACCGUGUAUCAGAUGUAAACAGCGCAGGCAAACUACUCGUUUUUUAGUUCAUUUUUUGGAGAACGGGGACGUGCUUUGUUUUGUUUUGUUUUUUUUGUCCAUCGGGAAUGAUUUUUCCUUUUCUUUUUCUUUUUGGAAGUAAAAGUUGCUAAAGGUUGACGGUGCGUUUAUUUCAGAGGAUCUGCCGGUGGCGCGUGCGUAUCAGGUGUUAUAUAUCACGUUGCAUGUCAUGGAUUUCUCUCAGCUGUCAGCUGCCUCAGCUUGAAGUCUGUCUCAAGACGUCUUUCUUCUCAUGAACUGACUUGUUUCAUGGAAUUAAUUGACACAAUGAAAUGAAUUGACGUUUGGACUCGUUGUUGUUGUUUUUUUUUUUGCUACUGUGUUCUUCCAUGUGAAGGGUUUGGCUCUUAUCAAACAAUAUUCAUCACAGUGGAAAUGGAGAUCAUCGAACCGUGACAUUUGAAUGGAAUUGGAGCCAUUUGUUUAUUACAUGAGAAAGUAAUGGAAUACUCGCUUGAUACACCUGAACAAACCGUGCUCAAUCAACUGAACAUUCAUUUUUUUUAAAGCGAGUCCGGCGAAUCGGUUCAUUUUACAUGACUCCUUCGAGUGAGUAGAUUCUUCUGUAGCUAUUAUUUUGAGCGAACAGCGCGAGUCAUUCGUAUUAAACGACUCUUUCAAGUGAGUACAGCGACUCGACUGUUUUGAAAACGACUGUGAGAGUGAGUAGAGUGAAUCGAUUCUUUAUAAACCACUGUUUUGAUUGGGUAGAGCGAAUCGAUUCUUUUGAAAACUAUUCUAAGUGGGUGGAGCGAAUCGAUUCUUUUUGAUCUAUGCCUAUUACGUGUGUGGCGCGAAUCGAGUCUACGGCUAUUUUGAAUGAGUAGAGCGAAUCGAUUCUUUUGAAACGACUCUUUUAAGCGGAUAGAUCUCAUCAAUUUGCAAGGAUUAUCCGAGACAUUGUAUUAGUUUGCCUUUAUACUUUCAUGACUUAAUGUAAUUUAGUAAUUCAGGCCAUCAUAAAAUGCCGUCACAUAGAUGUGAAUCAGCUGGGUUUUAAAAUUGCCCACUUUGCCUGCCCCCAGCCUAUUUCUAGAUGGCCCCUCUAAGCAUUUCAUUCAGCACAAAUCAAUCAAUACUAGUUUGUAUCAAGAAUAGAUUACGUUGAUGGUCAGAACGAAUCAAUUCAGCACAAGGAGUCGUGAUGCGUAUAGCUACACCUGAGAAUUCAGCACUGCAGGAUGGGGGCUAGGCAGUCCAAAGGCCCCGAGGCUGCUUCUGGACCAUUUCUGGGGGUUUGGAGACGAGCUCAGGGCUCUGUCCUGCUCCGGUCAUCCUCAAACGAGCGCCCAGAGAAUCCAGGGGUGCCUGCUCCAUACCGCCGUCGCAUUGGCAUGAUUCAGGACGUGAUGCUGAAGGCGAAGGAGGGGAGACAGGACGAGGCCAGUGAGCUGCUGAAAAGUCUGAGACAGGAUUUAGGUAUGGAGUCAACGUCUCUGGAUGAUGUGUUGUACCGGUAUGCCAGCUUUCGCAAUAUGGUGGACCCCAUCACCCAUGACCUUAUCAUCAGCCUCGCUCGCUAUGUGCAGUGUCCAAAAACGGAGGGUGAGUCUCUGAGUGCCAUGGAGAAGGUAUGCCGCCAACUGACGUACCACCUGAGUCCUCAUCCACGUUGGAGACGACAGGGUCUCCUGAAGGGAAAACCCCAGGCGAGUCUGAAGGCGGUUCUCUCCGUGUCUCCGGAUGGCACCGUGGAUUUAUCCGGACUCCCUCUUUCGCGCCGUGACGCAGAACGCCUGGUACUCCACCUUCAGCGUAACUCUGCCCGUGUUCGUUGCGUCGAGCUGGGUUUCACCGAGCUCACAGACGAUACGCUGCUGACGCUGCUGCCCACCUUAUCCUCUCUGCCUGCUCUGGAGAGUCUAGCCCUCAACGGCAACCGGCUGACCCGAGGAGUCCUGCGCCAGCUCACCGACGCUCUCAAGGAAACGCGAAGCUUCCCUGCUCUGGCGUGGGUCGACCUCGGUAACAACGUGGACAUCUUUUCUUUGCCACAGGCUUUUCUACUGAGCCUGCGGAAGCGUUGUCCGAAACAGGGUAACUUACCCACCAUACAAGAGCACCCAGAACAGGGGGGCGGGGCAGGGGGCGGGGCAAAUGGGACUGCAGGAUUGGAGGAGGUAGGAGAAGAUCCAGACUGAUUUUCCUGGUGUUAGGGGAUGACGGUGGUGGGUGGGAGUGGAACCAUCAAGCUAUGAGGAUUUCAUCCCACUGCAGGUGUUUAUGGGCGGAGUCAUAUUAUUAAUGGACUUUCUUUUAGGACAAGUCUCGUUUGGGCACAGAUGGAGGAAUUUACACAUGACUUGUAUCCUUACUUGUAGCCUUCAUCAAAUUUCCCACGUCAGUGCACUCCCUGGGCUCACACGACCCUGGACCGCAUUCGUGGUUGUCCUGCAGUGGACAAUAGGACAGGUCUGGGAUUUUUGUAAGAUAUGUAUUGAGCUCAGUAUCUUCUAGAUGUGCCUGUUGAUUGAAGACUAUAAUGGAUUGCCUACUGGGGCACACUGUGAGAGGCUGAUUUUCGUAAUCAGAUUUGGCAUUCUUCUGAAUCGGGCCAGCUGCGUUGGACAUGCAGUGUACUUGGGGUAGCAAUUAGAUCUGGCAAAACUCAUCAUUUUUUUGGAUGCAUUUUUUCCUGAUCCUUUCCUGAGUGAUUCUUCAAUAAUGUACAAACUUUCAUCAUAAACUCUUUCACAUGUAUAUAUUCUUUAUAUAACGUCCAAAUGGUUCAUUUUACACCUCUUGGGCAUAAACACGUGCCAUCUUUGUAUUCUUCCACACUGGAUUUAUUCAGUUAUACCAAAUCCCAAACGGCUUCUAGUUCACCAUACACUCACCAGCCACUUUAAAAAGGAAAACCGGAUCAUUUGUGCAAUUAUCCAAUCACUCAGACAGUUGUGUAGCAGCAGCACAGAACAUAAAAUCAUGCAGAUACAGGUCAAGAGCUUCAGUUAAUGAUCACAUCAAUCAUCAGAGUGAGGAAAAAUGUGAUGUCAGUGACGUGCCAUGGUUCUGGUUGCCAGAUGAGCUGGUUUGAGUUUUUCAGGAACAGAUGAUCUCCUGGGAGUUUGACAGACAGAAGCUUUGAGCUUACAGGAAGGCAAAUAAUCACUCUUUACAACCAUGGUGAGCAGAAAAGCGUCUCAUAAAAUCGUCCAUAAAAGCAUUAGAGGAAUUCCAUUUUGGAAUCACUGGUAGUAAAAUGCUAUUGCAAGCUACAUGAGGAAGAAAAGAUCAUAACCUGGGAUGUGCUGCAUUGUUCUUUAAUCUCAUGCAUCAAGUUAAUACACCUUCACAGAGAAUUUAACGCUGGAGCAUAAUGUGUAGUCUUUUCAAGCUAAACCACAUCACAACUGGCUAAUUCCCAGUGAGGGUACUGGGAUUACACAGUGGCUUAGUGGUUACCAUCUUUGCUUCGCCCAUCCAGGGUUGGAGUUUUGAUUCCUUCAGAGGUUGCAUGUUUUUCCUAAGUUUCCUCCAGGUACUCUGGUUUCAUUCCGCAUUGUAGGCAGACUGGUAUGUCUAAAUUGUCUGGAAUGUGUGUGUGAGAGUGUGUGUGUGUGUGUGUGUGUGAGAGAGAGAGAGAGAGAGAGAGAGAGAGAGUGUGCCAUGUAAUGGGUUGGUACCCUGUCCAGGGUCUCCCCCAUCUUGUCACUUGAGUUACCUGGGAUAGAUUCCAGGCUUCCUGUAACCCUGAGUAGGAUAAGUGCUACAGUAGAUAGAUGGAUGGAUGGAUGGAUGGAUGGAUGAAUGGUUGGAUGGAUGGAUGAAUGAAUGAAUGGAUUGAUGGAUGGAGGAUGGAUGGAUGGAUGGAUGGAUGGAUGGAUGGAUAGAUAGAUAGAUAGAUAGAUAGAUAGAUAGAUAGAUAGAUAGAUAGAUAGAUAAAUAAAUAAAUAAAUAAAUAAAUAAAUGGAUGGAUGGAUGGAUGGAUGGAUGGAGGAUUAAUGCGCUGCCAAUCAUUCACUAACCAGCCAAAUGUUCUGCAAGAAAAAAGAUAACAUUAAUUCAGGCUUCAGUCUGUAUUCCUAUUAUAGUAUUAUAUUCACUCACUUUGACCUCUGUUGGGUUUGUUUACUUUCACUCUCUCUCUCUGUCUCUCUCUCUCUCUCUCUCUCUCUCUUAAUUAAGCAAUAAUUUUGGUUUCUGUGAUAUGUUCUUUUUAAAAAAUCAGCGUUAUUUUAAAACCAAACCCUUCAAAUAUUUCCUAAUUCUCCUUUCAGUAAUAACAACCUACAAGUACACUUGGAAUGAAGCAGGAGUACUCUCUGGAUGUUUAAUCAGACAUCUCACACACACUUAUUCAUACCUAGGGGCAAUUUAGAGUACCCAGAUACCUACCAACAUAUUUUUGGUGGGAAAUGGUAGGAAAAUUUUUAUUUUUCCUCUUAAAAGUAAACUAGAAAAGUGUCAACUAAAAUGAUGACUGCAAUGUAAAGGAAGCAGAUUGUUCAUAACGUUCUGCUCUAAUGCAAACUUGCUUCUCUCUCUCUCUCUCUCUCUCUCUCUCUCACCUGAUUAGCCAUUUCUCCUCAACAUUAUACCACAUAUCUGGGUUGUGAUCGAAUCGGAGCUGACGUAUUAUGACAUACGAGUACUUUUUCGCCAAUAUCCACCCCGACACACUCUUGACCCAGCACUGACUGUGAAUUACUAGUGCAGGACUGUCAGGGUGACUCACAGCAGCUCGGAAGCAUCAUAUUAUACAGUAGCUACUGACAGAAUAAUGAUGGUUUUUAGCUUUCAUUAGGAAAUGCUGAAGCUGUAAUAAUAAAAAAAAAAGAAAGUCAUGAAUGACAUUUUUCAGACCCUUUUUCCAACAUUAAGUGACAGAAUGGAUGAGAACGAUUAAAGAAAUAUAUUUUGAUAGACUUACAUUUAAGCUACAUUUUACUUAAAAAAAGGGGGGGGGGUAUUUUUAAGUGGGGAUUUCACCUACUUAUAUGUGAAUAUUAUGAAACUUUGAAUAGUUUUUCAGCCAUGGAAAAGAAUGUAUUACGCAGAUUUAUCUCACAGUUACGAAUGAACAAAACCAAGCAUAUGCAGCAACGAAGGAAAUAACAAACCCAGAGUAUUUGUUUCUAAAGAACUGGCCAUCUUUGGAGUAUGUUUCAGAUUUUUAAAAAACAUUGUGGUGUUGGUGUGGUUUGGUUAGGGGUGUGAGGGAGAGAUUAGUGAGCGUGAAGCAUCACGUCGCACUCGAACUCAAAACUGUGAUAUUAUCUCACCAUUACAGGCUUGCACAAGAUUAAAUAAAGUUGCAGUUGUGUUAUAUCAGCUCGCAGUGGCAAGUCAUAAGUGCAUGAUAAAUCUAUGGAAUAUUUUCCAUAUGUGAAAAUAUAUGAGGUGCAGAAGUUCACUGCAUAGAGCCUCCUGGUGGUCCAGCAGAAGGAUCCCGUGCUCUCAUUGCCGUGGCCUGGGUUCGAUUCCUGGGCAGGGAGCUACCCUAGCCACUGAAGAGUUAACUUUCAGUGCCGGUCCCAAGCCUAGAUAAAAUGGGAGGGCAUAAAACCUGUGGCAAAUCGAAACAUGAUCCGCUGUGGUGACCCCAAACAGGAAGCAGCUGAAAGAACAACAACAACAACAUAAAAUGCACAGCACUUUUGUUAAGAGGUGUGUCUCAUAACCGGGAGACUCACAUGAGAUUAAAGUGAGGUUUUUACUUUCAUGAUUCUCAGAUAUGAAGCUCGGACAAAUCAAAGACCAAUGCUGCGUUAUUCAUUUCCACAUCCUCAGUAACUGCCUGUUCAGGGUUGCUGUUUUAAUUCCAGCUAUACAGCUAUAGGAACAAAGAUUAUAAUGACUCAAGCAGGGUUAGGGGGUGAAACCCAACACAUCCUGCCCACAUCACUAGCUGAAACUGAUGAUGAACUGGUGUGGUUGAGGAACUGUUAAAGCCAGAACUCACACCCCAUGCUGACACUGCUCACACUUCUACCUCUCCUCCUUUUCCCCCCCCAGUGUUUAUGAUACCGUAUAGAUAUACAGGGAUAUAUUGCAGCAUUCCAGUGUGUCACCAAAGAACAAGGAUCAUGAUCAAAAAAAUAUUACAUACAGAAAAUAUUACAACACUUUCGUUGAUUUCAUUGAUUUGUGAACACUAAGCUUCAUUUAAAGAUGUUUAUACAUAUUUACAUAUAUUUUAAAGAUGCUAGUUGUGCAGUCCCAAUUCUGGUUAUUGGGUCUUCUACUAUCCUGUUGAGCUCCUGGCUGGCUCGCCACUAUAAUAUCUGAUUACUAGAAUGAAUUGAAGACUUGUUUUCGGACUCUUAUACGUAACGGACACACCGAACACAACCAGUAGCCGGCAGGACUGGUUUUCGUUUUCGUAUCCAGUGCGAUCGAUUCCCACAGUAUUAACACAAACCAGUUACGAUGUGAAAUCUCAGUAUAAUUAUAGUAUUAAACUUAGGUGAUUAGGUAACUCAUGCAUGAUAGCAAUGUGCAGUGGUUAUUAUGUGUCUGUUGGAAAACACCAGGUUUGAAUCUCAUCUCAGGUGUUGAAGCUCUGGGGUUUCAUUUUAUUCAUGGCUUUGAAAACACACACAAAUAACAUGUCGGCUGUACGUGCUAAUUGUGUUAACGUUACUCAAUUCAAAUCACGUCGAACCGUGAUUUCAUUGAUUUAUGAACUCUAGGCUUUAUUUAAAGAUGGUUAUACAUCUUUAAAUAUAUUUAAAAGAUGCUAGUUGUGCAGUCCCAAUUCUGGUUAUUGGGUCUUUUACUAGCCUGCCAAGCUCCUGGCUGGCUCGCCACUAAAAUAUCUGAUUACUAGAAUGAAUUGAAGACUUGAUUUCGGACUGUUAUACGCAACGGACACACCGAACACAACACGUCGCGGGCAGGACUGGUUUUCAUUUCGUGUCCAGUGCCAUCGAUUCCCACAGUAUUAACACAAACCAGUUACGAUGUGAAAUCUCACCAGGACGUUGGGACUACAGGAUAAUUAUAGUAUUUAACUUAGGUAAUUAGGUAACUCACGUGUUAAUUGUGUUAACGUUAGCGACGUUUGAAUUACAUAAAUUCGACCAGCCUUUUUAUGUUUUUUUUUAUGUUAUGUUUCUUGAACUUGACCACCACAAAGGCUCCGGGUUUGAAGUGUCACGCUUGUUUAACUGUUCUAUAGCUCAGACUUGACCACACACACACACACACACACACACAUUACUCAGCUUUAAUGGGUAUUGGCUUCUACUCCUACAUUGUUGUCCCGAAGACUUCGACUGCAGGGUCUGAAGUAAUCUCCUGAGAGUUUCCACCAUUACCCAGCACAAAGUCAUUAUAAAUGAUGUCAUCAAUUAUUCAUUCACUUUCUGCAGCAGCUGCUAAUUGGGUUGUUACUUCUAGCAGAGUGUGUGUGGGAUGAAGACUCGUCUUCUGACUCUCGCAUGCGAAAGAAACGCGACACGUAGCAGGCAGGACCGCUUGUGGUAUCGUCUGUGAGAAUGAUGUACAGUACAGGAGGAGAGGAGUUCGUUCCAUCCAGCCAAUCAAGUAUUCGGCAAAUCCGUUCCUCUUUCUUCGUCGUUCUUAUCUUUGUGAUUUGUGUUUGUUUGAUUCAGAGUGAAAACGGAUAAGCUGCAAGACAAAGCUGUGGAAUGUUUGGAAUGUUCUGGAUGAAAGACUCUUUAAAGAUUAAAUUUGAUUUAUAAUAAACAUCCGUACAGCCUAAUUAUUUGGUAUUAUCAAAAAAUCCCUCUUUUCUCUUUAUCGCUCGCUCACUCUCUCUCUCUCCUCCAUCAUUCUCUUUCUCCCCCUCAGUCUCUCUCAUUCCCUUUCUCCCUCUCUCUCUCUCGCUCUCUCCUCCCCCUCUCACUUUCCUCUCUCUCUCCCUUUCUCCACCUUCUCUCCCUCUCGUCCUCUCUUUCUUUCUCAUCUCUCUCUUCUUCUUUCUUUUCCCCCCUCAUCUCAACCUUCUGAUUCAUUCCAUUUUCUCUCUUUGUUUUCUGACUUUCUAUUUUUUUCUCUCUCUCUGCUUUCCUCAUCCUCUGUCUUUCCUUUAUUGCUCUUACUAUCCUCUCUCUGUCUCUCUCUCUCUCAUGCUCUUUCCUCUUCCUCCAUCCCUUCCACCCCUCUAAUUCUCUCUCCCUCUCUCUUUCACCCACUUGUCAUCUCUCUCUCUCUCUCUCUCUCUCUCUCUUCUGCCUCUAUCCCUCCCUCCCUUCCUUCUAAACUUUCUCUCCUUCUCUCUUUCACUUGCCGCUUACCCACUUGCCAUCUCUCUCUCUCUCUCUCUCUCUCUCUCUCUCUCCCCUUCUCUUCUUUCUCUAACUUUCUCUCUCCCUGUCUUUCCCCGACUUGCCAUCUCUUUCUCAUGCUCUCUCCUCUUCCUCCAUCCCUCCCUCCCCUCUAACUCUCACGCUCCCUCUCUCUUUCACCAACUUGCCAUCUCUCUCCCCCUCUCUCGCCCCUGCUUUCUUUCUCCCACUUGCCAUCUCACUCUCAUGCUCUCUUUCUCUCUCUCUCUCUCUCUCUCUCUCUCUCUCCUUCUCUUCUUUCUCUAUCCCUCCCUCCCCUCUAACUCUCUCUCUCCCUGUCUUUCCCAGACUUGCCAUCUCUCUCUCAUGCUCUUUCUUUUCCCUCCUUCUCUCCCUCCCCUCUAACUCUCACUCUCCCUCUCUCUUCCACCAACUUGCCAUCUCUCUCCCCCUCUCUCGCCCCUGCUUUCUUUCUCCCACUUGCCAUCUCACUCUCAUGCUCUCUCCUCUUCCUCCAUCCCUACCUCCCUUCUUAACUCUCUCUUUCACUUGCCAUCUCUCUCUCUCUCUCACUCACACACACACUAACCAGCGUGUCUUUUUUUCUCUCUCUUCCUCUUGAUGUUAAAAAAAAAGUAGCUUGUCAUCUUCCUAAGAAACCACAAAGGUCUUCUGUCCAGCGGAUUUUUCUCAUGUCUGAAAAGUUGAAGGCUUAAAGGGAACAGCUUUACUUCUGCCUGCUACACUGACUCCUUCCAAUAAUAUUAAAUAAGCACGACUUUAAUCUGUUUUAUGAUUUUCAGCACAUUCAAGCCACAAACUUGAUUGUUUUGUUAGCUUUUUAACUAGCGGUUUCAUCCAAGAACGGGUGAGAUGUUGAGUUAAAUCCACAAACACAUUAUUUACACUAUAAACAUGACUGUAACUGCAGUCUUUUUAAAUGAACGUAUAAUACGGUAUGUAGUGAUGCUGAACUAAUCAAUUCACGGUGAAGUCGGUCACUUGUUAGUGUGUGUUUUGGGGUGUUUAGGGCCUCGUUUUCAUCAUUCUUGUAUCCAUGCUGAGAUUUUAGUGACAGACUGUGAAGAAGGCCUGGAGGGAAUGAGCUGCUGGCAUGCAUGGCAGAAUAUCUAUAGUUAGUGAUGAGUGUGUGAAGCACUGAGGCACUCCCCAUCAGUCUCCCGAUCCCCAGACAGACUCGCUAAUGAAGCACCAUGUGAGAGAGAAGGGGAAAAAAAUUUUUUUUACAGCCCUCUUCGACUUAAUCAGAGCCUCCAGAGUCCAUAUGAAAGGAUUUUUCAAAAGCAACUUUUACAUCACGAUCAUGUCCAUCAUGAGUGCUAGUGGGUGAAAAUAAGGUGAUUUUAUUUGCAGAGAUAAUCGUGAAGGAAUGACUGAAGAUUUUAGAAAGAUCUCAAGGACCUCAGGCUUGGUCUUGGAUCCGGAUCCAGCCUUAGCCAUCCUGACCAGGAUAAAGCAGUCAAUGAAGAUGAAUGAAUGAAUGUUUUUCUGUGACAUGAAGAGAUGCUGUGAUGUGAAAACACACACACACACACCAUGACACACUGAUCCCAGAUCAGUUGUUAAUACCAUCUGGAAUAUUCAGCAUGCGCUCUGACCCCAACCUCCAAGGAUGGGAUAUGCGAAGAAAGGAUUUCACUGUGCUGUAAUGUAUAUGUGAUAAAUAAAGGCUAUUUCUAUAAAAGAAAACAAAAAACAAAUUGAGACCUGAGCAGAUAACAACAAUGCAUAAAGUAUUAUGACCAAUUUGAUGGUAUAUAAACCAUACCUAUAGGGCCAAAAGUUUGUGCACACCUCACCACCCAUAUGUAGAUCUUUUUCAACAAACUUUGGAAGCACACAUUAGUACAGGAUACCUUUGUAUGCUGUAGCAUUGCCCCUGCCCCUUUGCACAAAGCGAGCUCCGAGAAGACAUGCUCUGCCAAGGAUGGUGCAGAGUGUCCAGCACAAAGCCCUGACCUCCAUCUCAAUGAACACCAUUGAGUUGAAGUGGACCACCGACUGAACCCCAGACCUUCUAACCCAACAUCAGUGCCUGACAUCACUAAUCCCUACAGCCACAAAAUCAAUUCAAUUUUAUCAGUAUAGCACUUUUAACAAUGGACGUUUUCUCAAAGCAGCUUUACAGAACAUAAGAAACAUAGUACAAAAGUCCUAGAUUAAUGUUAGACAAAAUCAUACCUAGUGAGCGAGCCUGAGGCAACUGUGGCAAGGAAAAAACUCCCUUAGAUGCUAUGAGAGGAACCAGACUCAAAAGGGAACCUCAUCGUCAUUUGGGUGACCCCAUCAAGUGUGAUUAUAAGAUAUUAUAAACACGGGAGAGUUAUUAUGAACAAUGUCCUUUCUACAGUCACAGCUGGAGCAGUGCGAUGCACAUACAGUAUAUGUAGAAUGUUAAUGUGUGUAUUAAUUAGGAGGUCGUUGUCAUCCUCCAAGUCGCAUCAAAUCUAGAGAUCUAGAGAAAGGAUUUCCCAGAAAUCAUUCCCUAAAGGUGGAUUAAAUCUGGAAUGAGAUGUUCAGCAAGCACAUACAAAUCUUAUGGUCAUAUACACCAUAAACUAAAACAGUACACCAUGGUAUGUAACUUCUUGUAGGUUCCAGCCACAGUUUUAUUGUAAAAGACUACCACCUUUUGACCUGGUGUUAGAACUGCACCCUAGCAUAGCAGGGCUUCUCAUACCAGAGCCUCAGUCCAGAAUAAUUCCCAGAUGAAUCAUGUGACAGAUUUAACAUAUGAACAUAUUCAUACUAUUCAAACACAUUAUUUAGUGAAGCCAUUACAGGAUUUUAUUCCCAAACUUUACAUUUAUAGAACUACAUGUCGAGUAAAAAAGUUUGUUUAUGAGCUCCUUUCCUAGCUUUAUUACCAUUUGAGUUUUAUAAAAAAAAAACAACCUAUGAGAAAAACACAAGCAACUCUGAUAUUACCGAUCCAAUCCAAGUUCAACUAAUUAGGCUGACCACAAUAAACGUCAUAACAAAAUAAUAACUAGGUUAUAACGAAUAUGACAACGUUUGUUAGUGAUCUACGAUUAUCGAUUAUAGAAAAAUAAAAUACUCUUCCUGCUUAUCGCACACCAAGAAGAACAAUUGAAUAAU